AUGGCGGCCCGAGGGGGCUGCAGGUUUUGGACCACCUUGCUCAAAGGGAACGACUAUGUUUUUGACGAACACCACGAAGUCGUCUACUUCUCGAAAUAUUUAGAAGCACAUGUGACUCCCGAUCAGCACCGCAUCAACGAAGAGCUUGGUGAAUUUUACAACGAUGACGACGGUAAAAUCAUGCUAUCUUAUAUUGCCUCGAGUGGCGUGCAACCUUCAAUAACUUUCAAACUCGGUCGAGGGCCAGGUCAAGUUACAAACUUUCACAUCUGGGUACAUCCUGACGAACGACUGCGGUCCCUCCUCUCCCCUGCUCUACCUCCAAAUCUCGCGCCUAAAUCAGAGCUAAGCUUCUACCGCGCACGCACAUGGAUACAAGAGUGUCUCAGCAAGCACAAAGACUGCAAUCUUAGAGUUCCUGAAGAAGCGAAUUUCAUACCGAGGCGCGUACUAAAAGUGCAGAAAGGCACCAGUGGGCCUCUUGUACGACUUGUUUCCCAACCUGCAGCGCAGCGAUAUGUCACUUUGAGCUACUGUUGGGGUGGCGACCAGCCAGCGAAACUUGUAAAGGACAAGGUUGCAGCUUAUAGCGCUGGCAUACCUUUCCAAUCGCUUCCUCGGGCUAUACAAGACGCAAUUCUGGUCACUAUUGGCAUCGAUAUCUCGUAUCUCUGGGUGGAUGCACUCUGCAUCAUUCAGGAUGACGAUGAUGACAAGGCCGAUCAGAUUAUACAAAUGCACAGAAUCUAUCAAUAUUCUCAUGCAACGAUCGCGGCAUCAGUAUCCCGGGGCAGCACGGAUGGUUUCUUGCACAACAGGCAAGAAUUACGCCCGAUAAAGAUGAGUGGUAGGUUGGAUGACAACGUAUUUGGAGAUUUUGUCUUUUCGCCGGGGAUACUCGAACAGGAAGGGAUUUUUCCAGAAGCCAGUCUCCCUCUGUUCCAGCGGGCUUGGACGUUUCAGGAAACACAUUUGCCAAGACGAAUACUGUCGUAUGGCCACCAGGGCCUCACCUACCGGUGCUUAUUCACCACACAUACCGAAGGAGUAGCCAAGGUUGAUGAUAUCAAUAUCGACAUGGCAAUCGACCCUGGAAACUCUCGUUACAAUACUUUACCCCAUCCUGACAGCUGGCACGCCAUUAUAGCCGCAUACACCCAACGCCAGCUCACUGUCGCGUCAGACAAGUUGCUUGGAAUAGCCGCUCUGGCGGCCGAGUACUCUAGACAAAAGGGGACUACAGAGUAUUAUGCAGGCUUAUGGGAAGAAGACUUUCAUACUCAACUGCUUUGGGUAACCUACAAUGAAGAAUCGUCUCCCAAAUCACGACACGGGCAAUAUAUUGCGCCAUCUUGGUCUUGGGCCAGUACCAACUAUCCCGUCUGGGUGCAUGAUGACUUUGCGCAUUGGGCCGAUAUGUUGGAACACGGCUUGGAACAACCUUGCCCUCCCCUGGAUCAUUUCUGUACGCUUCUGGACGCAAAUAUCAGCCUUGUUGACUCGAGAAGUCCGUUUGGAAUGGUGUCUGCUGGUUUUAUCAAAGUCCGCGCAAAGACCAAGAGAAUCGCAAUCCACGUCAGCCACGAGUCACCGUCUUUGAAGGUCGCUGGUCGAGACGUUUUGAUGACUUCAGACGAGUGCCUUGACAAGUGGCCUCAGUCUGGAGGCUAUGAUCCCAGAUUUUUCUUCAAUCUUGACUAUCCAGCCGAGGUCGUUGAUGGACAUGUUUACAGUGCUAUCGAGAUUUGUGGUGUUACGAGUGCAGGGUCCGAGGAUGACAGUGACGAGGAGCAAGAUGAGAAGCUGGCAGGACGAAGUUAUGGACUCUUACUUGAGAUGGUUGGGAGUGAUACAUAUCGCCGUCUGGGUCUCAUUACACUAUCAAGACAGGAUGUAUGGGGUUGGGUGUUUGAUAUACCCGAGUCGCAAGAAGUCAUUAUUGUUUGA